ACAGUCACACAUACACCCACACCCUCAGCCAUAUGCGAAUACGACACACAACCACCGGCACCAGCGAGCACAAUGGAGCACGGGGAUGACGAGCUCAGCCUCGAGCUCACCCUGGCCGCCGCGGUCGUGCCGCCGGUGCCCGGCUUCUUCCUAUGCGUCUACUGCCACCGCAAGUUCCGCACCUCGCAGGCGCUCGGCGGUCACCAGAACGCGCACAAGCAAGAGCGCGCCGCCAAGCGCCUCCGGCAGACCAUGAUGGUCACCGCUCACGCUUGGAAGCCAGGCAGGGCUGCCGGCGUUGUUUUGGAGUCUGAGGAGCCGGCAGCGGUAGGUGGCAUGGCGCAAAAGCGCAGCAGCAGCUCGUCGGAGAGCGACCAGGAGCUGGACUUGUCUCUCCGGCUAUAAUUGGUCGGCCAAUCGAUAGUAUCCUUUCUUGGCACCAUUUUGUUUCCGGUUCUAGGUACGUCAAUCAGAGUCUAGC